AUGGAGAAUAUUCAACCGUUCCUGACUCUGCAACUGAAUGUUGACAAAGUGAAGACGAUCAACGAGGCUCUUGUGAAUAAGGAGCAGUUGGAAGGAUUGACCUCUCCUAACACAAAUGGACUGGUACAGGCGUGGCAGCAAUUGAUGUUGGAUGUGCUGCCAGUUAUCCUCAUUCUGCAUCUGAAAUUCUUCGAUUUCAAGCCAGACGUUUGUACGAGAAUUAUCAAGGCGUUGGAAUUUCCUGUCGACUUAGAAAUCGAAUCUAGGUUGUUAUCUUCGAAGUCACAAACGCCCGACGGAAGAAAGUAUAUGUUGUUUGCCGUGGUCUACCACUUUCACGUUCGAGCGCUGGUGCAGUUCGGGUAUGUUCGUCUGGUUGUUCGGCAAACACUCGGCAAACAUAUUACCGAUAGGGAGAAUCUUGUCAAGGGCUUUGGAGGCUGUCAGCCUUCUGUCAGCAAUGUCAGCGUAAUCAUAAGAAAGUAG